AUGGCGGGUGGUGACGACCGGGUCGACCGCUGUCGGUCUCUUCAAGCCCUUGAUGAUGAGAUCCUUCGUGACCGGAGCUCCGCCGAGCGUCAUGCUGAAGUGGCAUGUCGCUGUGUGGAAGCUCUUGAUGAUUUGGAUCGUGUCGUGCGCCGGCUGCCUCGCCUUGAGAACUACCGCGCUUUUUCGGAGCGACUCCUAGCCGUGGAGAAGGCGAACGCGUCGCUGCAGGCAACGGUGGGGCGCUUGGCUCCAUUGGAGAUGGAGGUUCUUGCACUCCGUGCUGAGAACCAGUUGCUGGUUCAGUUUCUGGGUGGCCAAUGGUCCAUGGGAUCCGCUCAGGCGCCAACGCUUCCGCGUUCACAUCCGCCGGAUCCCGAUACGGCUUGA